AUGACGAUGACGCGAGACGUGCGGAUGGAGAAGACGUCGUCGUUCCGCUUCUUCGCCCACCUGAGCGAGGGCGUGCCCGAGGUCAUGAAACAGAUCAGCCCGCCCGCCAUCGACGACGACGUCGAAGGCGGCCACAAGCGCACGACCGUGCCGAUGCGCGGCAGAGCGCGCGAGGCCGCUCUUCACCACCAGCAUCAGCAGCGCAGACGGCCCACCUCCCUCAGCAAAAGCGACGUCGGAACGCGACACGGCACCGAGCUAUGA